AUGAUGUUGCCCUCUUCGGUGCGGCGUGUGGUCACCGCUGCACCUCAAUCAUCGCUCUUAUCCAACUUAACCCCCUCGAGUGCUCGCGCCCCAGCCUCCCUAACACUCUGUUGCAGUUCGAGAGGCCCACAACGAAGGCGCUAUUCCUCCUCAAAACCCUCGAGUCCCAAAGACUCUCCGAAGGGCAUUUCCGAUGGCCAGGUAACCUCCUCUCCGUCCCAAUCAUCAAAACAAAGCGGAGAGAAGCGUAAGCGCAAGGGGAAAGAAUGGAUGGAUCUUCAGCAAAAACUCCCAAGUGUUCCUAGCACGCAACAUGUACCGCAAGAAGCUCUUGCUUUGUCCACCUUCUUCUCUCUGCAUCGACCUAUGUCCGUGACCCAUAGCUUCCCCAAGACCAUCACCGACGAUGCCUUUGCGCAAAUCUUUGCCCCUCGCACAAAGAACAACAAGUAUGCCGAUGUUAUGUCUACGCUGUCGAGGACCGUCGACGAGCUCGAACAGCCCAUGCAGAACUUGGAUCUCGACGCUCAGCAAAGUGGCGAAACUAUUACGGAUCCCAACGGCGAAUCAACACAUAAGAUUGAUCUCCGACAUCCCGACGGCACCGAAUCGAGCGUCUACGUCCAGCUCAAUGCCAUGUCAGGUCAAUUCCUACCGUUCAGACCCCCUCCUAUACCUCAAGCCGAGAACGCUGCCGAGAAGGAGGUCGCUCGUGAGGAAGUGGAGGAUGUUCCCCAGCACCGCGUUUAUAAGGCCAUGUUCACUCUUGAGGAGACUACCGAUGAGAACGGUCAGAUUCGCAUCGUAGCGCAUAGCCCUCAAGUAGUCGAAGAGCCGCCGGCCCCGAGAACGUUCCUCGAGCGCAUGGCUCUUCGCCAGAUUCGGUGGCGCGAAGAAGUGCGGGGUCAGGCCCCCGACAUGCACGCCAUCAGUGUCCGUAGGCAGAGGAAACUGAAGAUGAAGAAGAAGAAGUAUAAGAAGCUGAUGAGGCGGACACGAAACGCCCGACGUAAGUUGGACCGGGUCUAA